AUGUUAUCAAUAGUUUUUAAGGGUGUCUCCUUACGCGUGGCACUAAACCGCCCCAACGUGUCUGGCGCAGGCACCGGGGAGCUGCGCACGCCGUCGCCGUCGCAGUCGUCGCUGGCGUCGCUGUCGGAGCGCGGCGGGUCGGUGUCGUCGGCGGGCGGGUCGCCCGGGCCGCCCGCUUCGCCCCGCGCCGCCGCGCUCGGCCGCUGCCUGUCGCCGCUGCUCAUCCCGCCGGCGGGCGGCGGGCGCGGGGGCGCGUGCGUGGGCGUGUGCGCCGGUAUGGGCAUGGGCGUGGGCGAUCCGCCCGCGCCGCCCGCGUCGCCGCUGGGCGCGCUGCAGCCGGACCUGUACCAGCGCCGCGACGGCCCGCUCUUCCUAAGCGCGCGCCGCGGCGCCGGCGCCGCCCUCGGUCGUCUGCACCUGCGCCUCAAGUACGACUUCGACCGCUCCGACCUGCACGUGCACCUCAUCGAAGCGCACGACCUGGCGGGCAGCGACCAGGGCGGCUUCAACGACCCCUACGUACGGCUGAGCCUGUGGCCCGCUGUGGACGCGCGCAAGCGCCAGACGGCCAUCCACCGCAACGAGCCCAACCCCUUCUUCGACGAGCACUUCAAGUUCCCCGUCUCCCACGAGGAGCUGCAGGACAAGACGCUCGUCCUCCAGGUCUUUGAUUAUGAUAGAUUCUCCCGCAAUGAUGUUAUUGGUGAAGUUCGAAUGACUAUGGAUGAGUUUGAUGUUACAUCAAGCAUUGAAAUAUGGGGUGAAAUUACUAAAAACAAAAAGCCUCCAGAAGAAAUGCAAGAGGUUCUAUUAUCUCUCAGUUAUCUACCUUCGGCAGAAAGAUUAACAGUGGUAUUGCUCAAGGCUCGUAAUCUCUUUCCACCCCAAGACAAAGACAGCAUAGAUCCCUUUGUAAAAGUCUAUCUCUUAAGUGGGGGGAAACGUGUCAAAAAGAAGAAAACUGCUGCAAGAAAAGGCAAUAGUAACCCAGUAUGGAAUGAAGCUUUGUCAUUUAAUGUACCUUCAGCAAACUUAACACAAGCUGCAGUCGAAGUUUGUGUAAUGGAUCAAGGUAAUGACUUAAUUGGAAACAACCCUCUUCUUGGGUGUUGUAUUAUUGGUCCUCAAGAAGAAGGUGCGGAACGUGAACAUUGGAGUGAUAUGACUCAAAGCCCCAGAAAAGCAGUUGCCAUGUGGCAUACUCUACGGUAAUUCAUUCUUAAUCAGAAAAUGCCUGAGCAACCACCUCAAAGGCUUCUUGAUCUGAAGAAGCAAUGGCAAAUAGUUGAAGUAUUGAUAAGAUGUUAAUCAUAUAAGCUAUAAGCUAUAAGCUAUAAUAAGCUAUUCAGAGUCAUGAAUACUUCCCCUCUAAAUGUACCUUUCUGACACAACAUGUGUCUUCGAACUCGUACAGUAGGAAAUUUAAAAUACACACAACAUAGUAUAAAAAUUAUGUAACUUCAACCCUUACUAAUAAUUUUUUCUACACUCCAAUUGAUUGGUAAUUGCAAUUCAUAAACAAUAUCAGUGAUUAUUCUUGUGAUUUCUUUGUAGGGAAAGUUGGAAUGAUGAAACAUAUCACCUUCAUUAUUUACAGAUAGAAACAAAUUUCACUAUUCAAGCAGCGUAGAUAGCUAAAUCAAUUUCAAUUCAAUAAGUAGAGAAUGUAAAUUAAAUUCACUUACAUACAUUUUAAUUGUUUAAACAAACAAAUGUCAAAAGAUUUAGUAACUACCUGCUUUUUUUCUUCUGUUCCUAAAACUCUUUUAAAACGGUCUUGUAAUUUGUUUAUAUCUGAAAGGCUGCAUUUUCCUUCCAUGUAUUAGCAUAACAUUAAAAGUAAUAUGAUAUAAAAAUAAUAUUGAAGCUUUUAUUACAAUUAUAAAAUACAAUACAUAUUAUAUAAAUAAGAUAGGGGGAAUUAAUUCAUGCAUAUAGAUGGCCUUGUAACAAGCUUAUAAAUCUAAUUAAAAAAGUAAUGUUAUAGUGUUCAUUGCUAAGAUCAUAAAACUACUAAAGAAAAUAAAUUGAGAAGAAAAUUUAACUCUUGUUGAUUGUGAUAAUACUGGUGAUACUAGUCUUUGCCGUAUUCUAAUAUGAACAACAGCAUAAUGCCAACAAGAGUUAGGAAUUGCAUUUUACAUGAAUAAAGAAGCCGAUAUUUUGGCAUGAAAAAAUAUUAAAGUAGUAUCUCUUUACAUACAAAAAUAAACAAUUAUCCAUGUGGCAGAAUGUAAGGCAGUAAACGCAUAUUAAAAAAAUAUGAAAUGCUACAAUAUUGAGAAAGAUUCCAACAAGAAGAUUUUCUUUAAAGCCUAACAUAUAGUUGUCUCAGCAGACAGGCACUCCUAAACUAAAUAUUUAUGUUCCUGUUUGCACUUGCAAAGAAGACAGUGAUUUCAUAUAGUAUAAAAUGUUAUUCUACAAGUGUAUGCAGAAUGAUUGCAGAUGGUGUUAUUUGGAAGUGACAAGAGUGUAGAAUUUCUGAAGGGAAAUGGCUAAUGUUUUCGAAAAUUUAUUUUCUUCCAAAAAAAUCUUGACUUUUUUGCAAAAAUGAAAAAUUAUUUUAAAAAAGGUAUUUUAGUAGUGCAUGAAGACAAAGUAUUUUCCACAAUAUCACUAAAGAGGCUAUUUUCAUUAAAUGUCAAAGAUAUUUAAUAGAUAUAACAAAUAAGUCAUUCAUUCAUAUUCACUCAAGAAAUUUCUCACUAUAUAUAUAUUUUUAAAUCGGUAUUUUAUUUUAUAAUUACAAAUCUAAGAAAUACUUCUUUUUGUAAAGAACUCUUGUUCUCUUUGUUUAUGGCCUAAAAGUAAGGGGUAAAGCUGCAUGAUAUAUUCUUGUCACAUUUAAAAUAUGUAGGGAAAGUAGAUGUGAUAGUUAAGACAUUCAGAAUCUCUUAGAAGAAUGCACAUUUUAGAUCUUAAUCUAUUUAACUUACUAAUGAAGAUGAUGUAAAUGGUGGUUCAGUUAAGCUAUUACACGGAACAUUAUUUACCCUUAACAAGAACAUGAUUAUGAAUUCAAAAUUAGUUGUUUUAUUACUACACAAAAACAUAUGUGAAUUAUUAGAAAAACUAAGUUUUAAUUUCUAAAGAAAAUUGUUUUACAUUAUUUUAAACACAAUUGAAUCUGUUUUCUUUCAGUCAUUGAAUCAAUAUUGUAUUAAAUUCUGAAAGUUACCUUAAUGUCGUUAUGUAUUGUUAUUCUGUUUAAUUCUCAAAAUAUUUGUGUUUGAACCAAAAGAAAACUAAUUGAUCUAAAAAAAGACUUUGGACUUCAUUUUCAAUGAUAAGACAUUAAUAAUGACAAAUUAUGAAAAUGAUAGGCUGUACAUGAUAUAUUUAUAUGAAGACGUAUAAUGUACAAAUAAACAGUAUUUAUUACACUUAGAGACAGAGUUAGUAUAUACAUAUAUUACUAAGUAGAAAUUUCAAACUAUUUUAUUUUUUAAAUAAGGAAUGGGGUAUGAAAUACUGUACCUAUUUCUGAUCUACUAUGGUGCAGAUUGUGAUAUAUAACUGGAACAGUUUUAAAUGUUUCUCCUUUGUUUUUACAAUUGCUAGCAUUAUUUUGAAAUCAGGCAUUUAGGAAGAGAAACAACUGAAAAGCCAAGAAAGCAGUUCAGAAAGGCCUUAAGUUGUUCAAUUCUCAUGUAAGUUUAAAAAUGAGCUUAUUGUUGACGUAAUGUAAGCACCUUACACAGAAUUAUUGUAUUCAUAAUGUGGAUGUUUGCAAAAAGGUAUGUUUGUGUAAUUAUUAAUGUUUGCAAUAUCAAUUUGCACUUGAACCAAAACUAUAAAUACAAAUAGAUGUUCUCCGCACCAAGAUUCUGAAAAUUUGUAAACGUGAAUUUGUUCAAUUGAAUCAAAUUAAAUAUGUAUAUCCUUUGUUUAUUUAAUAAUAAGAGUCAUGCAAGUGAGUGCUUCCUUGACUUGAGUUCUUUGUAAUAUUUAAGUUUCUGUUAUAUUUUUUAUCAGCAAGAACUCAAUGAUGGGAUUAAGGAGAUUUUGCAUGCCGUAGCGGACAGCACUAUCGAUCUUCUGUGUGUGCAAAGAUGCACAAAAGUGUUGCGAAAUUUGAAUUGCGCAUGUGCAGAAAAUCAAUCAUGCUUUUAUAUUCGAGGGUGCACAAACACCCUAUUAAGUUGGGCAAGAUAUUAAACUAAAAAAGACAUACAGUAUAUGUAAGAACUAAAAUUACUCCUAUUCUGCAUGAAAUGUAAACAUAUUGAUAUAGCAACUGCACUCAAAGACAUGUUACAUAAUAAUAAGUAAUUUAAAUAAAAUUGUUUCUGUUCCCCACUGGUAUGUCUAUUUCACUUAGAUUUUUAAGAUCUUGUUUUAACAGAAAAAAAUAAUUUUGUAUAAGUCAGUCUUUUAAAACUUUUGUUCAAAGGAACUGAAGUCAAUUUAUUGAAAGUGAUAAAUUAGGAAAGAUGGAUGAUUUUUGUGAAUGAAAGUAGGAAUUUUUGAAGGUUGCAGAAAGUAUUUUUUUAAGGAAUUAUCAUAUUUUCAUAACAAGAUAACAGUGGAUUACUAAAAAUGAUUUGUUAUAUUAUUUUUUGAAGAAAAAAAUUAAUAUACAUUAAUAUUAUUGAUAAUAUUAUACACAAUUUCCUUACAUCAAUAAUUUCAGUUACUAUGCUUUCAGAAAUCUAUUAAUAAAAAGUACACAAUGUGAUAAAAUAUUAGGAUGAAAUUUAUGUUUUUGCUUUUACAUUCUGUAGCUUUGUACGUGGCACUCACAAUCUUGCAUAUAGUAUAAUAUUUCAUUAUAGUUUAUAGUAGAAUAGUUACUCAUUUCUCUCAUGUAAAUCUGUUUGAAACAAUUGUUUUGUAAAUUGUAUAGAAUUAUUGCUUGUUGUUGUUCGUAAACAUUAUUAUAAACUUACAAAUCAAAUAUUGUUAUGGAUUUGAAUAUUGCAUGUUAUCUCUUGAAGUCUUGGCAAACGCUUGUAUGACAGCAGGGAUAUUUGUAGUUAAUAGUUGCAUCUCCUUGAUAAGUAUGAUGCACUUGUUUCAUGUAUGGACAUAAUAAAAAAAAUUAUUUUGAUUUUAGGUUAUUACAAUAAUUCAAAUAAAUAUGUUCAUUCAUCAAGAGUAUUAAGAAAGAAAUCAUUAUGGAAUAAAUACAUAAUUGACUUUACCUACAUGUAGAGUAAAAAAAUUGAUAAGCAUCAUAUCCUAUUAAAAUAUUAUUGAGGAUUUGAUAGAAGGCCUUUGAAACAUACUCUGUAUUAUUACGUUCAUUUUUAAAAUGUAUUUUUCCCAUUUUUGGAAUACUCUUUUUGUUACCUUCAUUAUUUUAUGACAUUUUUCCAUGAUUAUAAAAUAAGAUCAAGAAGGGGAUGUCAAAUUCUUCACAAAAAAUAUUUUUCUGUGUAUUUAUAAUUAUAUACAUCUGUGUGAAAUGUUUGGGCCAUCAAGUUUAUACAUAUUCAGAGAAAUUCUAUAUGCAUACAUGUGUGUUAUUUGUUGAUAAGUGCAUUUUGUUAACUCAAUCUGUUAAUCAGAUAUAUAAAACAUAUACAUAUAUAUUGAAUUAAGUGUUCUGAUAUUGUUUGCAUUUCCUCCCUCCCCCAUCAAUAUAUUUUAAUUAUACAAUAUAUUUAAUUUUUAUUAAUACAAUUGAACUGUCA